UGGGCAGGUUGGCAGUUGCUAUUUUGAACAACCUGGGACAGUGACCCCGCCUUCUGGGAUCAAUUGUCAUUGCGAAAUCCCGAUCUUUCCAGGGGAGUUUCUGAGCUUGGGGCAUUCUCGACCAUCACAUCGAAACGUGUGCGAGUCGAGCUCCUGUUCUUCGUCCAUCAACACCCCGCAUCGCGGCAAUUCUGCAGGUCGCGCUAGGGUCUGGAGCGAUCAACGACUCCUUCAAUUUGCAGUCCAGGGGCCCAGGCGCCGUCUACUCUGGAUCGCAUUGAACAGGAAACAAUGGCGUCGGGACACAAUGAUCCGAAGCUGCUGUACGCCAUCAACGGCGUGUCCGCCUAUCACAUCGCCAAUGGCAAGGAGCAGCCCCUCACGCCUGCCGGGCCACAGACCUUGUCUCUCCUCAUGGUCCCGACGACAUCGGUCUUCGCCGACCCCGCAAUCGACCCCGAUGCUGCUUCCGCGGAGCAGGACUUCUACCUGCACCUCCACCUACCGCCUGAGCUCGAUCUGCCACUCCCGGCCACCACACAGAUCUACCACCAGCCGCCGACCAGCUAUUUGAUUCCGCGAUGGGACCUAGGUCCGGACAGCGGCGCCUUCACCAGGAUCGAAUUCCCCUCCGUCAAGAGCCGCGAGGGGGUCCAGGAGGAUGUAGAUACGUUCGAGACGAUCCUCGCGCAAUGCACCGCGUUCCUCGAGCGGGCGCCACCGCCAAAGAUCCGGAAGGGCGAGAAGAGCAGCGCGUCCAAGGCGGCAGAUGCGGCGGGGAACGCAUUGCCUGCGUAUAACCCGGCCGACUUCAAGCCUGGCGAGGGAUACGUGCGCGGGAGCCACAGCGGCGUCACGCCCGGCCAGAUCGUGCUGGUCGACGAGGAGGAUGGAAGCGUGAUCGGAGAGCUGGCCGACGGCUUCCAGGUCGUCGAGGACAGCAAGUUGAAGCCGGGGUCAAAAGACCCGGUCGAGAUCACUCUCCCACCCGAAGGCGGCCAGAAGAUCAACGUCGCGCCGAUAUCACCGGAGCUGUACGAGGCAGAGCUGCACCCCGCUUACAAGAACUCGUUCCUGGUGUCCAACGCGUCAGCCGCCUCCCGCUUUAUCAUCACCGGCUCCGACAUGCUCUCCAAGCUGCUCCAGAACCAGGCCGAGAACUACACCAAGAAAGCGCGGCCCAGCGCCAUGCCCUUGACCUUCAAGCCGGCCACGCGCGAGCACAUCCGGCGCAUCAGCACCUUCACGGGCAGCGCCGCCACGCUGUCGGCCAAGACGGUCGGGCAGAUCACCAAGGUGGCGCAGAACUUCGGCGCGUCGCUCGGCGGCCACAGCGGCACGCGCAAGGGCUACGACAAGGACGGCAAGCCGCUGAGCUCGUACAAGCCGGGCCUGCUCAACAAGAGCAUGAUGGCCUUCUCGACCGUCAUGGACGGCGUCGAGAAGGCCGGGCGCAACCUGCUGGCCUCGACCUCGUAUGCCGCCACCACCGUCGUCGCCCACAAGUGGGGGCCCGAGGCCGGCGAGCUGACCCGCAGCCUUGCAGGCGGCGUCAAGAAUGUCGGGCUGGUCUACAUCGACGUGACGGGUGUUUCGCGCCGGGCGAUCCUGAAGAGCGUCGCCAAGGGCAUGGUGGUCGGGCACACGGCGACCGGAGACAAUAUCAUUGUCGGCGGAGGGGAUGGCGGACUGGCGGUGGUGGACGAGGCGGCGCGGUCUGCGAGUGGCAGGAGCGUCGCGGAAGGGAAAAAACCAGCAGGCUCGGGAGAUGGGAAGUUCAAGUAGAUGGCAUUGUGUGUGUGUGAUAAAGGCGGAUUUUGUCUUGGAUUUCGUGCUUGGUAGUCUUAGGCGUUCUGGAUCGGGUGGAACUUGGUUUCUACAGUGCGUAGUGAAGGGAUCUUCAGGGGGAUUUUCUGCGAAUAUCGAGUCGACCGUGGCACAACAGUUGGCCACUGGGUAACCCAGCGUUAAUUGACAACCUUCACGUGACCGUGCUCCCUGCCCGACUUUGGGAGCGCGUCGGAACUGCGAGUCAGCGCG